AUGGCCAGUGGGUCCUGGCAAAGCAAUCACAUUAAAAAAGAGUACUUUUCAGUGAAUGAAGCCACGUGCUCACCACAUUGUACAUCAGGGUGGGGUUCCUAUGGCAUCCGCUGCUUCAAGUACAUUGCCAACAGUACAGACUGGGUCUCUGCUGAGAAACACUGUUUAAAACUGCAUGCUAACUUGGUCUCGACACACAGCGAAGACGAAUUUCAAUUGGUCAAGGCCUUUAUUCGAGCUCACGACCCUAUGGAGAACCCUACUUGGAUCGGGCUUUCUGAUUGUCAGGAGGCUACAAAGUGGAUCUGGUCUGAUGGCACAGAAUUAAAUUAUGUCAACUGGAAUCCCAGUGAACCCAACCAUUUAAAUAAUGAGUGCUGUGUGCACACAAACUGGUCUGAUCAGAAGAAAUGGAAUGACAUUCCAUGUACAAUAAAUUAUCCCUUUGUGUGUGCCAAGAAGCCGGCCUGAAGCUUUUUUAAAAAAUAAUUACCACAUUUUUAGAAAAUAUUCUGUUACAGCA